AUGGGCACAGAGCAGAAAUCUUUCCUGGGAACUCUAUCUCCAUGGAGUACCCCACGAAGCGUGACGCCGCAACCGGCCGACCCUCCGAAGCCAGAGGCCCUGCAACGAUCACAAGGAGAAGAUCACACAGUGACCCAUCGGAAUCGGCUGAGCAUGCACCGCUACCCAGCGGAUUGCCCGGCAUUGAAAGUGAGAUGGUUCUACGCCGUGGACUCGCCAAAGCGGAAGCCCUCCCCGCUGGAGCAGAAAAAGGCAGACCAAAAGCCUCUACCCCCACCGAAGAAGUUUGUGCCAUUCCCCAAGAAAGAUUCCCAGUCUAUCGAAGGCACUUUUCAGAAACUAUCGGACAUCGAAGAGGCUCAGCGACAAAAUGAACCGAAACCCAGCGAGACGGUUGUUUCCAAAGUGCCUGUGAACGAGGACUUCUUGUUCAACGUGGAUGUGGAAGAACGAGAACUGAGCCCGACAUAUUGGAUUGCCCCUGUGUAUGAAGUCCGUCGGGGAACAUGGUUUAUACAAGAUGGAUCCGGUCUCAAACCGUGCGAAGAAAACCUUGCGACCCAGCUGGAAGAGGGAUUCAUCAAAAUGUGCCCGUGGAGGACUGAAUCCACCCCAGGCGGCCCUACCGAGCAAGCCGCGAGAACAGGCGAAGAAAGGUCUAGCCAGGCCAGGCCCGCGCUGGAGGACUCUAAAGCCCCGACACUGCACACUGCCAAGCAACCGAUUUCUCAAAGCAACGGGAACGACGCUAAUGGACCUGGAGCAGAGCCCCAGCAGUAUCGCCUUUUUGGGGCUUACAUGAACAGAGUGGUGGCCUAUCAAGAUUCCACAACCGCUUGGCUGAUGAAUGAUGAUUUCAUGUCGCGCUUCAGCACAUCCGUCUACCAAAAGCUAGGAGGCGUCCCGGGAACAAAGUUGGUCCGUGGGUAUGAGCCCAAAAAGCCCAAAGAGGCUUCUGAAGGGAAGAGCUCCAACCAAAAACAGAAAGACGAUGAUUUGCCUGCCACAGUUGUCAAAGACACAUUGAAAGAAGGAUUGCAACACUCCACAAUAGUACCCCCCAGAACAGCCCAAGCAGAUAGCCUCGAAGGCAUAGAAAGACCAAGGUCUACCAUAGAGCGACAGAUGUCAUCACUCGCGGGCGAGCCCCAAAAUCCAGCCGAACUUGAAGAGCAAGCCCGCAAACAGGAAGAGCAAGAAAUGGAAGAUUCGAGGGAGGUUGAAGGGGAGGAUAGAGAGCGCGAGGUGGAUCAUUUAAUUCUGGUCACUCAUGGGAUCGGUCAGCGACUCGGAUUGCGGCUAGAAAGCAUCAAUUUCAUACACGACGUGAAUGUGCUUCGCAAAACACUGAAAAAUGUUUACAAAGGUUCUCCUGAUCUUCAAGCAUUGAACUCCGCGUUCCCGGACGGCACUCAGAACUGCCGUGUUCAAGUCCUACCUGUGUGCUGGAGACAUCUUCUUGACUUCCCGUACCGGGGAGUCCGACAGAACAGAAAAGAGCUUGAUCUUACCGAUGCAGAUGCUCUUGAGGAUGAGGCGUACCCAAGCUUGGCAGAUAUCACACUCGACAGUGUCCCCGCGGUGCGAAACCUCAUUUCAGAUCUGGCCAUGGACGUCCUUCUUUAUCAAAGCGGGUAUUGCGAACACAUUUCCGACAUUGUCGUACGGGAGUGCAAUAGAAUCCUCGAACUAUAUCGGAAACAAAACCCUUCGUUCAAGGGCUCAGUCAGUCUCAUCGGUCAUUCCCUGGGAAGUGCAAUCCUCUUCGAUAUUUUGUGCCACCAGCAAGGCUGCGCAGAGCAGAACAGCAGCUCGAGUGGAAAAUCCCAAGCAAGUGACGAGCCAGCGUCCAAAAACACCAAGGCAAAUGCGCUCAGAUUUGAAUGCGAGGAGUUUUUUUGCCUUGGGUCCCCUAUUGCACUCUUUCAAAUGCUCAAGGGGAAAACAAUUGGCGGGUCUUCCGCCAUGGAUCCUCGACAUCGCAGAAAUACCUUGAAUGUCGACGUUGACCCGGCGCCGCGGGCGCCUGGACCCGGGCUAGACGAUAGUCCCACUAUAAUCUCGACCCCGAAGUGUCGGGAUCUCUACAAUAUAUUCCACCCUUCUGACCCCGUGAGCUACCGCGUUGAGCCUCUCAUAUCCCCAGCAAUGGCCAGCUUGAAACCACAGCCUCUGCCCUCGGUGAAGAAGAGCUUGUGGACAACCUCGGGGCAAAGUCUAUCCAUCCUGGGUAGUCGUAUGGGCCAAAGUGUGGGAUCUAUGUGGACAAACUUUACCACGGGCGUGGCAAGCAGCUUGUUGAACCGCAGCUUGGGGCUGACCAGCGAUGACGCUCCGACCUCACAUGCUACCGGCAAAGGGGCUGGUGAUUCAACCCACAAACGAACCCUGUCUGGUUCCACCCAGCAUGGUUCAGAGGCCGAUGAUCACCACCAGACUCUGAUUGAAUCUGAUUUAGAAACCCUGUAUGAUGGUUUCCAGAAAAGUCGCAGUAAUAACCAUGGAGAAAGUCCAGACCCAGAAGCCGACACCGACCAGGAGCGGAAGCUGAAAUUUGAAGAUGCUAAAGUACGUGCCAUGAACGCCAACGGUCGGGUGGACUAUAGCAUACAAGAGGGAGCAUUCGACAUCUCGCUCAUUGCCAGCAUUGCCAGUCACCUGACGUACUGGGGCGAUGAAGAUGUCAACCACUUUAUGCUAUCACAAAUUCUGUCCCGGAGGCAUCGGCAUAGGGUGAAGCAUAGACCAGCCACAUAG